AUGCCUGCCAUCAUCCAUCUCGUCCGUCACGCCCAAGGUUACCACAACCUGUCCGUGGAGAAUGAGCAGAUGCACGACCCGGACCUGACCCCCCUGGGUGAGGAGCAGUGCUCUGCACUCCGAGAGGCUUUCGGGCAGGAGCAGCACGCCAAGGUCAAGUGUCUGGUGGCCUCGCCCCUCAGGAGGACACUGCACACCUGCAUACUCGGCUUUGCUCCUCGACUCUCCGAGGGGGAGGAGGAGGAGCAGCAGCAGCAGCAGCAGCAGCAAGGACAGAGAGGAAGAGUUCGCGUCAACCCCAACCUCUACCCGGUUAGAGCCCUCGACAUACUGCAAGAGGUGUCGGCCGAGCCGUGCGACACUGGAUCCUCCACGGACAGGCUGGCGGCCGAGUUCGGCAGCCGUGUGGACCUGACUGGGGUGGACGACGCUGACUGGACGGACAAGACGAGCGGCUCUAGCAGGUUCGAGCCCACGGCGGAGAAGCUGACGGCCCGGGCUAAGGAGGCCAGGAAGGUGCUCAGGCGUAUCGCUUCAGAGUUUGGGGGGGAGGGCGUCGAAGAGGUUCACAUCGUCGUCGUCACGCAUGGCGGGUUCCUUCACUUCCUGACGGAUGAUUGGACUGGCAUUCCUCAAGGAAAAGCAACCGGAUGGUCCAACUGCGAAUACCGGUCUUACCAAUUCGUCGACUCCACCUACAAGGACGACGAUGCCGAGUUGCAGGAGACGGAAGGGAGUUGGCGACGUCGCAGCGGCUCGAUCACCCGGCCCACCCGCACGGAGCAGAAGGAGAUGGGGGCCGUGGUGCAAGAUUCCCUGACUCCUCUGCUCAAGCUCAAGGUCUAUUAG